UCGAUGUUGUUCAUUCAAUAACUUGAACCAUAGUAUGGUAACUAGAAUGGUAUAGUACAUGUUUGACUGCUCACGUUACGGUUGCUUUUGAUUUGUUUGUGACGGCUAAGACUACCAUUGCUCCAUCUUUCAAAUUUCUGUUGCUUUCUUGUGUGAAAUUUCAAUCUCGUUUAAGGAACGAUACGUGAUGGACAACGUUAUGGAUCAUUGCAUUAUUGAGCAAAUGCUAAAGCGCCCGUUUGCCGCCAGAACCAUGGAAGAAAAAGUUAAAGUUAUUGGACGUUCGGUUCCUCGUCCACCUAUGGAACAAUUAAAAUCCACGUAUAAGUUGAAGGGGAAAAUUAUGUCCCGCAACUUUAAUGUGUCAUCGUAUGACCAGCAAUGGCUGUGUGGAUCGGCGAAAUUAAAUAAACUUUUCUGCUGGCCAUGUUUGCUUUUCCGUAGCGCCAAUGAAAAAAAUGUUUGGAGCAAGGAAGGAUAUAGUGAUCUGAAUCACCUUUCUGCGUCAAUUAAAACGCAUUCGAGCUCUAAAGAUCACAUAAAUAAUUCACUUGCCUUAUCGAUGUUCGGGCAAAUGAGGAUAGACGAAGCACUUGACCAUAGCCGGCAGAUCACCCGCAAUAAGCAUAACGAAGAAGUAACGAAAAACCGGAAGGGUAUGCGAACUUUAAUUGAGAUCACCUGUUUCCUUGGCACUCACGGUCUCGCCUUUCGCGGACAUUAUGAAUGUUCCGAUUCCACGAACAGAGGAAAUUAUAAAGACCUCUGCACGUUGAUCGCCGCCAGGGAUCCAGCAUUCCAGGACUUUAUAAAUAAUAAAGUUUUCAGCGGAACGUCGGGAGGAAUCCAGAACGAGCUUAUAGAAUGCAUUGAAAGCUACAUGCUUCAAACAAUUAAAAGAGAAGUUCUUGAUGCUGAGUUCGUGUCCAUUAUGAGGAUGAAUCAACAGAUACGGCUCGGUUAUCGCAACUAUCUUGUAUUCUGCGCUACUUACGGCCCGAUGGCAAGAAAUAUUCAUAAAAUAUAUUUUGCAAAUAUGUUAACAAAUAGUUGAUUUUUUUUCAAUUCAACGAGGCUCAAACAUUUUUUUGUUCAUUAAAAUUUUAGGAACACCAGUUGAAAGGCUCGUUAGAUUGGCAGACGUUAGCAGUGACAAAACCGCCGCUGCGUUGGCCGGACACGUUGAUGAAAUAGCAGCGUAUUUUAGUCUUGAUGGUGACAAAGUUGUAGCUCAGAGCUAUGAUGGAGCUGCUGUAAUGUCCGGGGACAAAUCUGGAGUGCAAACAUUGGUGAAGCAACGGUUUCCAAAAGCUGGAUAUAUCCACUGCCGCGCACAUGUGCUUAAUUUGGUGCUACUUCACUCGUGCACAAAUAACAAGAAAUCAGCAAGGUUUUUCAACACGAUCUCAUCACUCGCGGCAUUUUUCUCGCAGUCACCUAAACGCAGCGAGACAUUAAAGCAAUUUAUGGAGACCCACAUACCAAAUGUUUGCAAGACCAAAUGGUCGUAUAAUUCGCGUAUGAUCAAAAUAAUUGAUUCGAAUUAUGCAGCGAUUAAUGAAUGUUUAGGUGAGAUUUAUCUUGGCUACAGUGUCUUUGAUGCUGAAACUUGUACUACAGCCAGAGGUCUUCACGCAUUCAUGCUUGAAUUCAAUACCGUAUUCUUGCUCAAACUUUUUGCUAAUAUUUUUGCACAUACAGAUGUUCUGUAUCAAAUUUUGCAGACAAAAGAAUUGGACGUAGUAGAAUGUUUACGUAACGUCAAGGCUUGCCUCGCUUCUAUCGAAGAGCUCAAAGCAGAGCAUCAUUUCUACAGAACGCUCAAUGAUGCAAUUGAUGUUUCUGGCGAAACGGUCACUGAUAGCAACGGUAUCAAUUAUCGUCCCAUAAAUAUAUUGUAUUUAAUUUCGUUUAUCCUUGGACAAAACCUGCAUCAAACUUUCUCCGAAACGCUUCGGCUGGCCAGAAUGACAUUGCCUAUCACAACGGCGUCCAUCGAACGAACGUUUUCGGUUCUCCGACGGAUCAAAAAUUAUUUGCGCUCUAAAUCGGGCCAGAAUCGAUUAUUUGGUAUUAUGAUGAUGGCUGUGGAGAAAGAUUUACUCCAUGAGAUGAUGCUGACGCCAUUAUUUUACGACGAUAUUAUCGACAAGUUUGCGUUAAAAGUAAACCGAAGGAUUCCUUUGUUAUAUAAAUAAAUGUUGAUAAAUAAAACUUUAAAAAUCUGUUAUCGCAAUACUGUUGUUUUAAUGUUGCAAAUGUCGAUUGAACAGGUGGCCCACUUGGUCACGCGUCGCCUCUGCAAAACACGAUCCAGAAUCUGUUGGAAAUGAACCAGCAGGUCGACAGUGCCGAUUUGGAGACGGUUACGAAAGAGGAUACACCACAAUCAUCAUCUAAUCGAAUGUCGGACUCGAAUGCAAAGGUACUGUAUGCUGCACCUGUUCAGAUGGUCCUGCAUGAGGUAAAUCCGGAUGCAAUGCCAAUCGAGCUUCUAGUUUCCCCUAGUAACGGCUUUUUUCCAAGUCUAUAAGUAUUACAAACUUAAGAAAAAUAGGUUUCAAUGUCGUGUUACGGUUUGUGUAAUUAGUCUCGUGAUUGAUACGGAUACAAGACCCAGAUCCUUUAGCCGUUCUUCCAGGUUUAUAAAACUGUAUUAAAAUUUAUAGUGAUGUGUAGAAUCUGUAUUUGUAGUGAUGUGUAGAAUCGAAACUAAGUUUAAAAUAAACCAAGAAGUAACAGUG